AUGGCCAAGAACCUCAACUCCACCAGCUUCACUAUUCUCUUGCUUGCCCUCGUGAUGGCUUCAACCGGAAUCCUCAAGAGCGAGGCUCAAACCUGCGGUGUCGGCGGAUGCCCUAACCUUGUAGACCGUGUUUUCUGGGGUGAGUGCGGUCCGGCGCCAUUCACAGGUACAAAUGCUGACUGCUGUACCUGUUGCGUAGCCAAAUUUGGGAGUCCUCCAGUCUGCUGGGCGGUUGUUGAGGGAAGCGACACCCACUGCCAUUGCUACAAAAAGAAAUGA